AUCAGUCUGCGAAGAUCCGGUGUCGAGAGCGAAAGUAAAUCCGAAUCCGAAUCAAAAUCUAAAUCCAAAUUCGAUUCCUGAAAAGAUGAGCCUGCUGCUGCCGCUGUUGCUGAUAGCAGGCAUUGGCUGCACCACUGCGGCUGCCAAUCUUGACCUGGAGGCCAAGACAUUUGUGAAUCAGUCGAGCGAUCGUUACUAUAGAUUCUACAAUGAGAUUGUCGCCGAAACGUAUUCGGCAAACAACGAAGAUGACUUCGAUGCUCUCUUCUCCAAGCUGAAUAAUGUCAAGCGCAUUGCCGAGGAGCUGGUAAGCAUAUCCAGGCAGGCUGGAGGAUUCGAUCUGGACAGGAUACGGGAUCCGGAGACGAAGCAUGCCCUGCAGGAGUUGCGCAGUGUGGGCGACUUGUUUGUCCUGGGCGAUGACUACUUCUCGUCGGUGCAAGUGAAUUUGGCUGCCCUGCAGACCCUGGCCACGGACAAGGACAUUGAGCCGUAUUUGGGUGGAGUCAAUAUGCCCGAUCAGGAUGAUAGUCCAUUGGCCUAUUAUCCCGACAUCCAGAAGAUCGUCCAGAGCAGCCGGGAUGCCGACGAGCUGAAGUACUACUGGGAGGCGUGGCGUGAGAAGAAUCAGUUGUGGGCCUCGGUCAAUUUCUAUACCAUUGUCCAGUCCUACCAGCGGGCAGCCAAGAUCCUGGAGGUGCCAGUUCACCGGCUGUGGUAUCGUUCUGAUAGCCAAGAGAUGCUCCAGCAGAUGGAGCAGGCCAUGGCGGAGCUUAGACCCGCCUACCAGGAGCUGCAUGCCUUUGUCCGUCGCGAGUUGCAUCAGAAGUACGGUGGUGAUGUGGUGGAUCCAAAUGGACCCAUUCCGGAUCAUUUGUUCCAACAGGUCCUGGAGCAGGCAUGGGCGGGUGGCAGCAUUCUGGAGCAGUACUAUCCGAGGGCCCAGUUGCCGGAGUUUGAUCAGUUUGUGAAUCAUUUAAGUGCCAAGGCAAUGGUCAACGAAUCGGAGAGUUUCUACACCUCACUGGGCUUUGAGCCGUUGUCCGUGGACUUUCAUCGGAAUCAACUGAAGGAACCGAACGAGGACAGGCCCAAUGAUGACUGCAGGCCCUCGAUUUUUGAUCUCACCCCUCACGUUUAUCUCAUGUAUUGCGAGAAGGUCAGCUUCCGGAAGCUGAUGCAGUACCACAGCCACAUGGCCCGUGUCUACUAUGCCCUUCAGAAAAAACAUUUGCCUUCUUAUUACUUUAAGGCCUACAACCUGGAGUUUGCCGUGGGUGAGGCCGUGGUCCUGUCCGCCUCUGCUCCAUCCCAUCUCACGGGUCGUCUCUCGGCCAAGGGUGUGCUCAGCGAUCAGGCUCUGAUGAAUCGUCUCUUCCGUAUGGCAAUCCAUACUAUACUCAGCAUACCGCAAUACUAUGUGCACACCAAGGUAAUGCAUGAUUUACUCAAUGACACGGUGGACAUGGACACUGUAAACAGACACUAUUGGAGGCUGUUGGAGCAACAUGCAGGCAUUGAGCCCCCUUCAGAUCGAGCAGAAGGUGCCAUUGAUUUCCCCUACAAGUUCUACGUGAACAUUGAUCAGAGUUUCCAGACACAGAAAUUUAUUUCCGAAAUUCUGGGCUAUCAGUUCUAUCGGCAGUUCUGCAAGAAGAGUCUUAGCCGGGGGCCGCUGCACAAUUGCGAUUUCUAUGGCAGCUUUGCUGUAGGCAACGACCUCAAAUCCAUGAUGUCUUUGGGCUCUAAGAAGCCCUGGAAAGAGGUUGUGGGCAAGAUACUGCCCAAUAAUACGGGUCUCAGUAGUCUGGACCUGCUGGAGUACUAUCAACCUGUGCUGGAUUGGCUUAAGAAGUAUAAUAAGGAUGCUAAUUCCAAAAUUGGCUGGACGAAUACCAAGAAAAAGAUUGUUUAACAACUUCUUCAAAGCCAGGAAGCCGGCAUAAAAGGCAGCUUUAAAUUAAAGGUUUCACAAUUAUAUACUAAUAAAUCAUUCUAUUCAAGAUAAAUACAAAA